AAGCAGGUGGUAUGAUCUUAGAAUGCCAGAAUAAUGGCUUAUCAGGAAUUUAUUGUUUUAUACACACAUCAGAAAACUAAAAAAUCUAAAGUGUGGCAAGAUGGAAUUUUGAAGGUCGCAUUUGGAGGAAAUAAGGCAAACUUAUUUGAUGAUAAAGGACAGCUUUUGGAUAGUAUUUUCAUAAAAUUUCAGAUAAAACCUGGUGAUGACUUUGAAUCUGAACGAUAUUUAAUCACUAUAGAAAGUGAAAAUGUUUCUAAAACUGAUUAUAAUCAGUCAAAGAACACAGGACAGCGAAAAUUAACAAGCAAUCCCUUGAAAUCCCUUGCUACUUCAUCCCUAUGCCAUCCAAAGCGAAAAUAUUCUGGUUUCCAAGUACCACGUCAGGUGGAAAAGAAAAAGUUAGUGGAAGAACCUGCAUUGCCAUCUACAUCUGACAGUCCUCUUUCAUCCUUCCCCCACCAAUUUUAUGCCUCUUCUCCUUUAUUUUCUGUUCCUUGCCAAAAUAGGGAAGAUGUGGAGCCUGUUAGUUUUCUGGCUUCUACUUCUUUAGAUGAUGAACAUGAGCUAGUACAGAAUAAAAAAUGUAAUAGCAAUAGUUUAGCUAUUGAAUAUUUGAAGCCAAAAUUUCAGUUAGAAAAUGCACUGGUCAAUUCAGGAUAUCAUGCAUUUUCACAGAACAUUCGAAGCAGAGAUAAAAUUAUAGCACUUUUGAGUCAUGACCAACGUGUUUCCACGAGACUAGAAAGUGAGACUACUGCCUCACUGAAAAACCUACAGUUUACAAUGUUACAAUCAGAAUCCAACCCAGAAGUUUUAUUGCAAAGAAAAAGCCGAUGGGAUGCUUACAUGCCAUCAUGUUUAUCUGAUGCACACAAUGCAGAAAACAACGAAGAAAAUACUAGCAAUUUGCAAUCAAUUGAAAAGGGCUUAAAUGAGAGUGACUGUGUAAACAGAAGCCAAUACAACGACCAUAAAGGAAUUCCACAAAUGCCUUCUUCUUGGAAACUUGAUAUUUUUCCUGUUAGUAAAGGUUCUAUUGGAAGUCGGCCAUCUGACUUUUUCCCAAGUGAAACCUUCAUGAAUGAAAGCAAUAACUCUGAAUUAAGUUCACUUCAUAAUGUCAAUUUGAGCUGUGGAAAUGCACCUAAAACAUUUGAAGACUCAUCAGAAUCAAGCAGACAUGGAAUCAUUGGUAAUUUGGAAAGGAGUUGCCCAGGUGCUGACUUUGCAAAUCCAGGAAAACAGUUAACAGAGGUUAACUUUAAUCUUUUAAAUAUGCUGGAUUUUAGUGACACAGAAGAUAAUAACCCUAAUGAGAACAACAUUGUUUCACAAGGUUCUGUAUGCCUAAGGCAAGAAAUUAAAAAUCAAGUUGAGGUCAGUGCUGAAAAAAACUGUGAUGUAACACCAUGCUGUAGUGAAAGGAAAGACAAUGUACAAUUAGAAUUUCUACAAGAUCAAGAGUUCGGGAGCUCAGGAUUGCAGCCAGUACUCCUUUGUGAUGAAAUUUCUGCAAAGCCUGUCAACAUUAAAGAAAAGAGUACAACUCUUUGGGACAAAAAAUGGCAAAAUUCAGAGGUUUUGAUUAAUGAGAAGAUAGACACAAAUACAUUAUACGCUCAGAAUAUGGAUGUUCACCAGCAAUUGCCUUGUGCUAGCAGAAACUUUGUAAUGGAAAAUGAUGUGGACUGUGAAAUACAUGAUAAUAUUGUAUUGGAAAUAAAACAUUCUCAUGUUAAAAGUGAUUUUGAGGUAGUUGAAUUUCACGGACACCAGGUGAAAGGCUCAGCAGCUAGUGAGAUGAUGACAAGAGAACGCUGUUCAUAUCACAAAAAGGAUCCACAAAGUGAUAUGACCAUAUCUGAAAGUGCUUCAAAGGAUGCAUUUUUUUUCUCAGCUCAAGAACUGAGCUGUCCUGGGGUGCCUGAGUUUGUUAAGUCUCUAGGUUCAAGGAAACUUUCAGAAGAUGAUCUCAGUAACAGUGGAACCAAAACAUUUAGAAAGGAAUUCAAUGUUUUUGAAGAAAAAGGCAAUAAUAAAUAUUUAACAAAGACUGCAUCUUUUAAAUCUCCAAGUCAGAUUGUGACAAAAUCUUCCUCAAAUCUAGACUUUACUGAGUCUGCUUCGAAGGAAUUUAAUAAGCUGUUAUCAAAACAAUGGGUUUCUUCACAGACUACUGGCUAUCAUUUUUUCCCAACUCCAAGUAGUAAAGAAACAAUACAAGAGCAGGAAUUGCUGAUGUCCAAAACUCAUCCAGACUUGUAUAUGGAUAAUAAAAAACCCUUUUUCAGAAUGGGAGAGUCCACAUAUCCAGAAAAAGAUAUGUCUAUCCUUUUACCUGCUCUUGGUACACAAACUCCAAUUGUUCCUGGACUUGUAGAUAAUCUACUUCCUGAUUCCCAACUUUAUUCCAGUGCAAAAAUCUGUAAACAGAUUCACCAUCAUUGUGAUUUCUCAGUAGUCAAUACAUAUGACAUGUCAGAAAUGCUAGAGCCUAAGGACAGGAUGUGUAAAAUUUUUGUGGGUGAAAAGUACAUAGGAGUACGAGACAAGAUAGCCAUACAGAGUGCAUUGCCUAAUGUGUCUGAACAAAAGGAACAAAGCAAAUGGCAGAAAUACCACAAUACAACUGGUUGUGAUUUGAGAUCUCAAAAUAGCAACGAAGUUGCCAUGGCUUCUGAUAUCAAAGCUGAGAGUUUUUUAGGAAUGUCAUUAGCAUACAGAAGAGAGAAUCAGAGUAAUGUCAUCUAUAAAAGCCCUCUGGACUCUGAGCAUCUGGAGACAAUAAAAAGCAUGCUUUGUAAACAGCAGCAAAACUUUAUCAGUCAAGAUUCUGUUUCAGAAAGAAAGAAACUUUUCCUGCACUUAAAUCAACACUUUUCCACUGAGGAAGUUCUAAGUGAGUUAGGUCACCUGAAUUUCCCCAAUAUAACCAGAGAUAGCAAGGACACUUCUGAGCUGUAUUUCCCUAGGGCAGAUAUGGUAAAGAACACUAAUGUACCUAAAAGACAACAAUGCAUACCAGUUGAAUUUCAGUCUCCAGCACAUUAUAAGAAAGUUUUUACUACUGCAUUGAUAGAACAUUUAAACAUAUUAUUAUUUGAACUAUCAAAAAAUCUACAUAAAGCUCUUGGGAAGGUGGAUAUAUCUUUCUAUACAUCAGUGAAAGAAGGGCAACAAGAGAAUUCUGCGCCUCUCUGCAGCCACAAAAUAGCAACAAAGCUUGUUAUGGUUAGAAAAGAAGGUCGAAAUAAGGGACGUCUUUUCUAUGCUUGUGAUGCUGCUAAAGCAGAUCGAUGUGAUUUUUUUAAGUGGGUUGAAGAUGUAAAACCUAUACAGAUGGAGAGUAAACCUUGUAUUAAACUUAAUGAUAUAAAGAGUAUUGGAACUUAUCUUAGAUGUCAAAGAAUUUCUAUCUAUGAAGAAUGCCAACUUUUAAUAAGGAAAAUGUUUGAUACUCAAAGAAAACAAUUUAGUAAGAUGAAGAAAUGUAAUAUUGCAAAGGCUAGCUUUAACUGUGAUUCUAAGAGCAAAUUAUUUCUUAAACUGAACCGGAAGGAGCAUUCAUCUACAUACAGCAAAGAUGAUCUUUGGGUUGUUUCCAAGACUUUGACCUUUGAACCCUUGGACACUUUCAUUGCAUAUAGUGUUUUCUUUGGACCAUCCUCUAAUAAUGAAGUGGAGUUGGAACCUCUCAAUGGUUAUAGCCCAUCAAAUUGGUGCUCAAAUAUGAUUGUUCAUGCCUUGUUCGUGUGUAAUGCUAGCACUGAACUUACAAAUUUGAGAAAUAUACAGGAAAAUGUCAAUUUGAUCACUUUGCCAAUCAUGCAGCAUCUACUUACAAAGGGUUUCAAAGAAUUCUUUCCAAAAACCAAAGAAAGGAAACAAAAGUUUAAACCACCAGCACUAAAUACAAAUGCAAUAAAAUCUGAAGUGUUCAGCCCAGAAAUAGUUAUAAAUCUUGCUGAUAAAAUUAUUCAAGCUUUUCAGCUAAAUAAAGAUCAGGCCACAGCAAUGAUGCAGAUCGGUGCCAUGAUGACAUCUCAAGAAAUUAACACAGAAACAGGGAAGCAUCCGACUUUUCCAAUAACAAUAAUACAUGGUGUAUUUGGAUCUGGAAAAAGCUUAUUGCUGGCUAUUGUUAUUUUAUUCCUGGUACAAAUAUUUGAAAUCAAUGAAGCAGUUAAUGGCAAACAGUCAGUGCCAUGGAAAGUAUUGGUUUCUUCUUCCACCAAUGUUGCUGUAGACAGAAUACUGUUGAGCCUACUAGACAUUGGAUUUGAAGACUUCAUUAGAGUGGGAAGCAUUAAAAAAAUUGCAAAGCCAAUACUUCCUUACAGCUUGCAUGCUGGCUCAGGAUCUGAAAAUGAACAGCUGAAAGAAUUACUUGCCUUGAUGAAGGAGGAUUUAAACCCAGUGGAAAAAAUGUAUGUGAAGAAGACUAUUGAACAACAUAAACUGGGCACCAAUAAAGCUUCCCUGAGAAAGGUGAGGGUAGUGGGAUCUACUUGUGCUGCCUGCUCAUUUCCUUGCAUGAAAAGUCUUAAGUUUCCUAUAGUGAUUCUAGAUGAGUGUAGUCAAAUGACAGAACCAUCCUCUCUGUUCCCUAUUGCAAGUUUUGAAUGUGAAAAGCUGAUUCUGGUUGGAGAUCCUAAGCAGCUGCCACCUACCAUUCAAGGGUCUGAAAGUGCACAUGACAGUGGAUUGGAACAAACUCUGUUUGAUCGGCUCUGUUUGAUGGGAUAUGCACCUAUAUUACUUAGAACACAGUAUCGUUGUCACCCUGUUAUUGCUGCUAUAACCAAUGAGCUAUUUUAUGAAGGAAUUAUGUUGAAUGGAAUUUCUGAAACAGAUCGAAGUCCUCUCUUGGACUGGCUACCAACACUGUGUUUUUAUAAAGUUAAUGGAUCAGAACAGAUCGAGGCAGACAACAGUUUCUACAAUAUGGCAGAAUCAUUUUUCAUUGUCAAAUUAAUACAAUCUCUGAUUGCCAGCGGAGUAGAUGGCUCUAUGAUUGGGGUAAUAACUCUCUACAAAUCCCAAAUGAGCAAGAUCCGUAACUUGUUUGGUGCUAUACACAUGGACACUGCCCAAAUAAAGACUGUCCAGGUGUCUACAGUAGAUGCUUUUCAGGGAGCAGAGAAAGAAAUAAUUGUUUUAUCUUGUGUAAGGACGAGACAAGUUGGCUUCAUAGAUUCAGAAAAGAGAGUGAAUGUGGCUCUGACUAGAGGAAAGAGACAUUUAUUGAUAGUAGGAAAUCUAAACUGUUUGAGAAAGAACAAAUUAUGGGGAAGUGUUAUUCAGCAUUGCACAGGGAGAAAAAAUGGAUUACAACAUGCUAACCAAUGUGAGCAGCAACUGAAUGAUAUUGUUAAAUCUUAUUUCAAGAGAAAGAUGGAAGAAGAAGCCAUCAUGAAAAAGAAAAAAUCUAAAAAUGAAUCACUUUCCCAAAAAACAAACGCAUAAAUAUACUGGAUUAUAUCAAUGAUUUCAUCUUGAAAAUCAAAAUUAAAUUACAGUUUUGGUAUAUUUAAGUGCCACCAGUAAUACUGUU